ACCAAGUCGCGGACGGCUGGAGUUCGACUCGAGGUUACUAGACUUAAUUGCAGUCAACUUUGUUGGGCUUCGAGUAGGUACUUCAAGAAGGGGGUCGACGUGCAUUCCUCACCAUUAUCACUUUAUUACUGUAUAUAAAAUUGAUCAUUGUAUACAAUUAUUCUUGGGAUAUUCAAAACAAAUUUUAUGCCUAUACAAUCUAGAAGAAAUUAAACUGUAUUUCAAAGAAUUUCUCUGUGUAAAAUCGGAAGCUAUAGUGGAAAUUGGAACAGAUGGUUAUAAUGAAGAGGUGCUACUCGCAAGGGACACACUUGAAAAGAUUAUUUGGAGCAUUCGACCAAGAUGCACAUCCUUGACGGAAUUAAUGGAAUUAAUUGGGUCGCUAUUAUUUAUGUAA